AUGAGGCAGAAAUAUCAAAUUUCGUCAUUGCGGCGCGUCAUUAAACAAGUUUCCCAAAACUGUCAGUACUGUCACGUCUACAAGGCUGUGCCUAAGUACCCGAUGAUGGCACCGUUGCCAACAGAAAGGCUUACGCCCUUCAUUAAACCGUUUACACACACAGGGAUUGACUAUUUCGGACCAAUCCUGGUUAAACAAGGGCGCAGCCUGGUGAAACGCUGGAUAGUCUUAUUUACAUGCCUGACAAUACGUGCGGUGCACUUGGAAGUUGCCUAUAGUUUGUCGGCACACUCUUGUAUCCUUGCUAUCAGGAGAUUUGUUGCUCGUCGAGGCGCUCCUCAGUCAUUCAUGUCCGACAACGGGACUAACUUCGCAGGGGCGAGCAACAUUUUAGAAGCGCAGUUAAAGAAAAUUGGCGAAGAAUGUGCGGUGACAUUUACUAAUGCUCAAACUUCUUGGCAUUUCAACCCACCGUCUGCACCACACAUGGGAGGUUCGUGGGAGCGGCUAGUGCGAUCCGUAAAGACAGCGAUGAAGGCAAUGGCAGAUCAUCCGCAUCAUCCUAGUGACGAAAUUUUGGAGACAGUAGCAUUAGAAGCGGAAUCGAUCGUCAAUAGCAGACCUCUAACUUAUAUUCCCCUAGAUACCGAACAACAAGAGGCUCUAACACCAAAUCACUUCCUUCUAUACGGAUCACAAGGAAUCAAGCAACCAAUAAGUCACUUGGAGUAUGAAGGAGGUACCCUUCGAGAUAGCUGGAAAUUGGCGCAAUGCCUGAUAGAUCUGUUUUGGGAAAGAUGGGUAAAGGAGUAUAUUCCUACGAUCACUAGACGUACGAAGUGGUUUCAUCCAGUGAAGCCGCUCGAGCCUGGAGAUUUGGUCGUGGUGGUAGACGACACUCGGAGGAACGGGUGGGCUAGAGGACGAGUCAUAGAAGCGGUGAAAGGUGCAGACGGCCAAGUCCGGCUGGUUCAAGUCAAGGAUGGGUUACUAUGGCGACCUGCUGUUAAACUGGCUUUGCUGGAAGUACAUGCAGAUAAGAACGAAGGAACGAGCCAGAUGACUGACCUAGUUCCCGAAACCACACGGGUGGGGGGAUGUUCACAGUAA